AUGCAGAGAAAACGCAAGUUGUCACCGUCGCAUGUAAUUCAUGAUCUCAGCACGCUCAUUGAAUGGAGAAUUACUCGCCAAAUCCACGAUGGCACGAAGCGAAAGCGUGCUAGCCUAUACCUGAUUGAGGCUCGACCUGCCGUGGACGGGCAGCAACUUGCCGAGGCACAAAGGACAUCCAAGGAUUGCAAAUCCGAAACAAGACCUCCUCGAGAUAAUCUGAUACUCAAGAUUUUUCCCGAUACACGGGCCUGUGAAGACGAUUACAACAGGGAAGUGGCUGCCAACGCCGAACUUGGUCGAUCCAGCGCUAUCGCAUCGCCAAUAACAGCCCGUGAUGCCAUGUUUGGUAAUAUCAGCAAUUCUGACCUUCGAUGGCCACGCUGUUAUGGAACCAUGAAGGUUCCAGCAAACGUUACAGAAGGCGAAUGGACUAUUGGUGAAUCGAGCUCUGAAGCGCGCCGGGGGAUCAUCUUUGAGUAUCUCGUUGAUCUCAAGAUGCUCCAAAAAGACGACGUGACAGAAGAUUUGGCCAAUGAGAUCAAACAGCUGUUUACUGACUUACACGCCCUCAAGUUGUUACAUCGCGAUCACAUUAACCAUGCCAUCUGGCCAUUAAUCGGUUUCAACAAUCUUUUUCUUCAGCGCGACGACACUGGCAAGAAAAAACUCUACAUCUUGGACUUUGACAAGGCCUUAGUUUUGGGAGACACUGCCAGAGAUAAGAGUCGUUUCGCCGAUGAGGCAAACCGUUUACAGCAGAUACUAGAACAGGCGACGUCAAAACAAGACGAGACCAAGGACUUACCAGCAGAGGUGAAGCGAUUACUAGCGGGCCGUGGUGGUUGA